AUGGUGCCACAAAGCAACAUCUCGCUGUGCUCCAGGUGUCCCCGCUGGAUCAGGUGCUGUUCAGAAGAUAAUGGACGACCCAAAAGGAUUGCAGCGUGUGUCGAUGGUCAAGGAGCUGGUAUUGAGGACCAGACCUCUGAGGUGUCUGUGAAGAAAGUCCAAUCCGUCACAAGAAGUCGCCGCGCCUCUCCAGCCUCUUGGACCUGCGCUCAGGCCGGAGCUGGAACAGUGAUGAUGAGAUUAUCUGCAGCUGAGGAAGUGAAGAAGCACCUGUCAGGAGUUGUUGGAGGAAACAUCAUGUUACCAGAUCCUCUGCUGGACUUUGGAUUUCUUUUAAAAGAAAGAAAGAACAUUGCUUUGGUGAAAGACAGAAAACUUCAGAUUUUAGAGCAGAUUUAUGAGAAUAAACUUCAGUGGAACAGAAACUCUGGACUCUUUACAAUCACAGACCUGCAGAGGAACGACUCAGGAGUUUAUAGCAUUGACUCUAAAACAGGAAGAGGUUUCUCUUCCACAUAUAAUCUCACAGUUUAUGAUUCUGCUCCGACUCCUGCAGUAGAAACCCUGAAUGUGAGCUCUGACAGCUGCUGGUUGCUCUGCUCUGUGGACAAACUGACAGCUCUGCUGUGGUACAGAGACGAGGAGAUACAGAACCAGAACAGUUCUGCCUUGUCCUUACCCAUCACUGUCUACAAACAGGACAGAGACUCAUCUUAUAGAUGUGUAGCAGCCAACCCUGCAGAAAACAAGACUCUUCAUGUUAAUGUGACGACAUCCUAUGAAUUCAACAGCACAGAAGGUCCUGAUAAUCACAGAAUUUACUGGACUGUAAUACCAGUUGUCAUCGGGCUUUUGAUCGUUGCUGUAAUGGUCGUCUGGAUGAUCAAGCAGAGGCCUCCAGAGAGAAAGAAGAAAAUCAGACAAACACAAGAUUCAGUAACAGAUGGCCAUUAUAUGGAGGUCCAGAUAAUUAAUGCUGCACAUCCGGAUGGGGCCUUUGCUGCGUCACCAGAAUGUUCUGACCGCUCCAAUCAAACAGUUUAUGCGAAGCUGAAGCUUCCUAAAGAGACAUGGGCAGAACCUGGUGGUCCUCCUUAACUGGAAAUUUCUGCUUCAAAAUGCAGAUUAUGCUUGUAUGAACUGGACUGAUCCCAGAACGUUUUAAAAGAAACUGCAACAUUUCUGUAUUUAUUCACCAUCACUUCGGGCUCGGACCUUUGUCAGGUGAGCACAGCGGUUCAAAGGUCACUUCACCCUCAGGGGUCGCAGCCGUGCCCCUUUGCCAUUAACAAAACGCUUUUUAACUUUAGCACAGAUAUAUUUUGCAUCAACAUAUUUUUCCAUGUUUUCUAUGAAUGCCAGUAUUAACUAUGGUCCUUGCCACACAUAACAGAAAUUAAUAAAGUUUCAGUAUUUUUUUAA